UUUAAGGAAAAAUACAAUUUCAAACUAGUUUUUCUCAUUUAUUUGGUUCCUUACACGAAAAUUAAUAGUAAAAGGAAAGUUAGAAAAGUUGGGUGAUUGAUGGGAAAAAGAAAAGAGGUAGAAAGGAAAAUUGGUUUUUUUUUUCUUUUUCAAACUCCCUAAAUGGUGGAAAAUUUUAAUUUUUUUUUUGAGAAGCAAAUAAAAAGCCAUGUUAAACCUUUGGAAGACCCACCUAAAUCAUCCUUAUGGAUGAUAAGGGAGAGGGAAGGAUCAAAGGAAGAAAACCAAAGCGACACACUUUGACAAACGACAUCGUUUGAGGCCAUGAAAUCGCCGCUUGCUUAGGCUCACGGGAACAAUGAUUGAUGGAGAAAACUUCACAUACUGCCGUCGUUCGAACUAAAAUGGAUCCAAACACGAAGUUUCUAGGAGGAGUAGGUUCGCCAAGUCUUUACAAACCUGCAGCCGACGGUCCUGGUGAAUGGUCAAGCGCUAGGAUGAAACUUCAAAAUGGACCUGAUAGCAUUGAAGUUGGAUGGAUGGUAAAUCCUACGUUCUUUAAUGACAAGGAAGCUCAUCUCUAUGUACGAUUCACUGCUGGACAAACUAGUUGCAUCAACACACAAUGCCCGGGCUUUGUUCAUGUGGGUACUGAGGUGCCUUUAGGCGUUGUUCCCGAUAUAUAUUCUCAACGCGGCGGUGAAUCAUAUACAUGGAAAUUCUUUAUCGACAAGCAUGAAGAUGACGGUAAUUGGUGGGUAUGAAUGGACAAUGACAAAUACGGAAUUGGAUAUUGGCCGAAAACCUUAUUCACCGGACUAGCUGAUGUUGCGACUCAAGUUGAAUGGGGAGGAGAAGUUAGCUUUGAUCCAGAAGCGAAAAAUAUUCCUGAAAUGGGUAAUGGCAGGACACCAUUGUAUGAUACUAAAUCUUCAUCAUAUAUUCUACAUGUGACUGUUGUUGAUGAAGCCCGUCAUAAUGUCAACCCAACAAAUACAGAGAAGUUUAAAACUUGUCAAGAACUUUACGGUGUUGCUGAUGCUGGAUAUCAGGGUGAUUAUUUUGGGCGCUUGAUACUUUUUGGGGGUCCAGCAAGUAAUUAAGCUUAAGCUAAUUAUGGGAGGAAGCAACUAACAAGGAAUUCCAAACAUUUUAUUAUUAUUCCUUGUAAUAAUGAUUACAUAUAACAAAAAUCAGAUUCAUAUCACUUUAAAAUAGAUAGAAAUUUAUUUUAUAUCGACCCGAACUCAAUUUUUACAUCUUUUAUCAUA